CACUCUGGGCGAAGAGGUGUUUCCCAACCAAGAACGUUGGUUUUGGUCUGAGACUCUUCUCUCCUUGAUGUUCAUGUUGGAUUGUUUUGGUGCUUGGAGAAUCUGAAAAUGUGGGGUUAUAUUAAUCAUGUUGUCCAUGGUCUUAUGCGAGAACUUCAUCUUUGUUAACAACCACAACAAGCAGACUUUGUUUUCGCACAAAAUUGAUUCGCAGUCGAGACUCGCAGCCGCCGCAGCAGUUGAGGUGGGUCGAGGAGGAGGAGGACGGAGGUGCAGUGGGUUCGUUGCCAAUGCCGGAAAGAGAAAACGGAAAUGGUGGCAGAGCUUCUUCUUCGACGAGGAAGGUAAUUGGCUUGGUUUGAAAGACGAUGACAUGCUGGCCGCGGAGGAGGAGGAGGAGGACUUGGAUUCCAAUUCCUACUCGGAAGCUGAGAAAUUUGAGGCGUGGAAGACAAGGGCCGAAGCAAUCGUGGAUUUGAGGGAAGCACAGCAGGAUAUGAGCAACGAGGAGAAUCGCAAGUGGGAGGAUUGGCUUGCUGCGGAUUCGAACUCGUCUCCGUCAUCCUCGUCCUGGGAAUACAUGCAGUCUGAUAUUCCUACCGAAACUGAAGCCGAAAAGGGGGUGCUUUACUCUCUCACCGAUUCCCUUCUUGGAAGGGAAGAUGAUGAUGACCUGCUCUACGAAGACCGUGUGUUCCGUUACGCCUCCCUCAAUUCGGCUAAAUUUUUGGCGGUUUUAAUAAUUAUACCCUGCGCCUUGGAUUUUGUGGUUCACGACUAUGUUUUGAUGCCCUUUCUGGACAGAUAUGUGAAGACCGUGCCACUUGCAGCAGAGGUGCUGGAUGUCAGAAGAAAUCAAAAGCUUCAAAUGGUUGAUGAAUUAAAAAUUGAGAGAGCAAGAUUUCAGCUUGAGAUGGAAAUUGGUAAAGCUCCACCACUUUCUGAUGAGGAGGUCUGGUGGGAGUUGCGGCAUAAAGCAUUAGAGCUGAGAGAUGAAUGGAGAUUUGAAAAUCGUAGAGCAUUUGCCAACAUAUGGUCCGAUAUGUUAUUUGGGAUCUCAUUAUUCGUUCUUUUAUACUGCAACCAGAGUAAAGUAGCUUUGCUGAAAUUUACAGGUUAUAAGAUAAUAAAUAAUAUUUCAGAUACUGGGAAGGCAUUCUUAAUUAUACUCAUCACAGAUAUUUUUUUAGGGUAUCAUUCUGAGUCUGGUUGGCAGACUUUGAUAGAAAUUUUUGUUGAGCAUUAUGGGCUUCAGGUUGAUCAAUCAGUUAUAACCAUUUUUAUCUGCUUGAUUCCAGUUAUCAUUGACGCAUGCGUGAAACUUUGGCUGUUUAAGUUCCUUCCAAGAUUAUCCCCGAAGGUGGCAAACAUAUUCCGGGAGAUGCAGCGUCACUAGUAAAAUCUUUCUCAGGUUUUCACUGACUUCUGAGAGAGAAUUCUCAGGAAGGUAGCAUGCCACUAAGAUUACUUCAUUUUCUAUAUUCUUUUAGCGUAUAGAGGUUUAUCUGGUUUUGUAAAUGUUAUUGAUAAACGUUGGUGAAUACUCUGUGAGCUUAUACGACAUUGUAGUUGUUGGGAUGCCAUUCAUUCGGGUAAGUGUAUUGUAAACACAAAAAGAUCUCAGUACGAUCAAAUUUUAAGGAGGCGUGGCAGAAGGUAAAAGAGAUCGUCUACUGAAGUGAGAUGUGAUUGUUCAGCCAAGGAGAAAGGAGGCUUUAGGGGUGGGGAAUUUCUGUCAUUUAUCCCCUGCCUUCAAUUUUCGUCAUUUUUAUUUAGCAAGCCCAGUCAAAUUUUUUGUUGAA